CCUCCUCCUCCUGCUCCUGGGCAGGAUCUUCUUCGGGAAGAACAAGGUGAUGAUGGUGGCGCUGGGCCGGGAGCCGAGCAGCGAGUACAAGGAGAACCUGCACAAGGUCAGCAAACACCUGAGAGGGGAGGUCGGGCUGCUCUUCACCAACCGCACCAGGGAUGAGGUGGAUGAGUGGUUCUCCAGGUUCCGGGAGCUGGACUUUGCCCGUGCUGGGAACAAGGCGCCGUACGGGGUGAGCCUGGACACGGGGCCCCUGGAGCAGUUCCCCCACUCCAUGGAGCCGCAGCUGCGGCAGCUGGGGCUGCCCACGGCGCUCAAGAAAGGAGUGGUGACGCUGCUUUCGGAUUACGAAGUGUGCAAGGAAGGGGAUGUUCUCACCCCGGAACAGGCCCGUGUGCUGAAACUCUUUGGCUAUGAGAUGGCAGAGUUUAAAGUCACCAUGAAGUUUCUGUGGAAUUCUGAGACAGGAGACUUCCAGAAGCUCGUGGGAGACACAGCAGAGGAGGAUGAUGAUGAUGAAGAUGAUGAUGAUGAUGGUGAUGAUGGUGGAAGCAAUGAGGACUAACAGCUUGGACACCAGACAGUUCUAUUUGAGGAACAAAAAGAGGAUAUUUCCCUUCCCUGGGUGCACCUGGACUGGGAUGAUCUUUAUAUAAAAUGAGCUAUGUUUUUUUUUUUUAUAUUUAUAUAAAUAUCUGUGUGAAACUUCAGAUGGUUGUUGCUGCUGCCUGCUACUGUUGGUGUAUCCUGGAAUCUGAGGAAAUGCCAGCUCAAACAUCAAAACUCAGCAGAAAGGGUAUAAAUGUAAUAGAGCUUUGAUAUAGCACAAAGGGAAAGAUGCUGAGGGUUUGUUAUUCUGACACAGAAGAAGAUAUUUAACUCAAUCCUUGGAAUUUUGCCUUAUCCUGGGAAGUGUCUGAGGCCAGGCUGGAUGGGGAGCAUCUGGGAUAGUGGAAGUUGUGGGGUGGAACAAGAUGGAUUUAAGGACCACCCAACCCAAACCAUCCUGAAAUUCUGUGAUUCAAACUCCGUUCCAGGCACAGGUCAGAGAUUGGGUCUGCACUAGGAAGAGGUUUUAUUCUCUCAUGUAAUCAUUUAAGAUUUCACAUUAAAGCAGAACAGGGGCCUUCA